GACCCAAACCUCCUCGCCAUCCCCGAAAUGCGCGCCUGGCUCCUCCGCGCAAACCUCACCCCCCAACGCCUCUCCUCCCUCUCCUUCAUCCACAUCGCAGGCACAAAAGGAAAAGGCUCCGUAACAGCCCUCACGACAUCAGCCCUCCUCCACCACUCAUCUUCCACCUCCUCCUCAUCGUCACCCUCAGCACAAAUCGGCCCCAUAGGAACCUACACCUCCCCCCACCUCCUCUCCCCCCGCGAACGCAUCGCCAUCUCAGGCCACCCCAUCUCCCAAUCCCUCUUCGCGACAUCCUUCUUCGAACUCUGGGACACCCUCUCCGCCUGCACCACCUCCAGCCCCGGCGGCGCCGCCAGCACAACCGGCCCCGACCUCGGCCUCCAACCCGGCGCCAAACCCUUCUACUUCCGCUUCCUCACCCUCCUCGCCCUCCACGUCUUCCUCAAACACUCGGUCCGCGCCGUGGUCCUAGAAUGCGGCAUCGGCGGGGAAUACGACGCAACAAACGCCAUCCCCGGUGACGCGGUAACGACCUCUGUGAUUACGCAGUUGGGCAUAGAUCACGUCGCCAUGUUGGGGUCCACGGCUUCGCAAAUCGCGUGGCAUAAAGCAGGUGUAAUGAAACCCGGCACCGCAACCUUCACCCGCAAACUCUCAGAGGAAGGACACCCGGGCGUGAUGGCCACCCUCCGCUCCCGCGCGCGAGAGAUCGGCGCGGAGUUAAUCGAAGUGGACGACGAGGAUGUCGAACGCUGGACAGGUGUCCCGGGGGCAAAGCUACCCGGCGGUGACUUUCAAAAGAGGAACCAGGCUCUUGCUGCGCUUGCUGCGAGGCGACAUAUCCAGGUCCUCCAAGUUCGGGAGGCGGGGUCAAAGACUGUGGAAGUGAAUGCUUCGCUGGCUGAUGUUCCUGAAGUCAUCAUCGCUGGCCUGCGCGAGGCGACGCUCCGUGGCAGGCAUGAAGUUCUAAGGCAGGGCAAGGUAUCGUGGUACCUUGACGGCGCGCAUAAUGCGGAUAGUCUGGCGGAGGUGGCGCGCUGGAUAUCGCCCAUCCUCACCUCUACAGACCCCUCAAGCCCCUCAGACACGACGCGCAACGACAAAGAAAGCUUCGUCCUCGUCUUCAACCAACAAGAACGCGACGCCUCCUCUCUCCUGAAAGAUAUGCUCCGCCAGAUGUCGGCGCUAGGCGUAGACCUCGAGAGAAGGCUGUCAGCUGCAAUCGUCACCAGGAACGACAAGACCAACAUCGCAGGCGAGGGAGGGGACGUAGAUUUGACAGUCCAGCAGACGUGUGCCGCGGCGUUUAGGGAGAUGUACCCUGCCACAAAAGUCGUGCUGUGCAGGGACCUGACGGAGAUGAAGAGCACCGUUGACGGCGUCGCGGAGCAGUCUUCGGGGACAAAGGUGCUGGUUACGGGGAGCAUGUAUCUCGUGGGAAACGUCAUCGGCUUGUUGGAGCCGGAAGGUCUAUUGUGA